CUGGGUGACUCCUGGAAGCAAUUGGAUGUAUCAUAUUGUAUUAAAGGGUAUCAGAGUUAUGGAGCCGUAAUAGAAAUAGAAAUGCCCUUGUAGGGCUCUGUAGAGUGUACAAAGUCAUCCUGUGGGAUUUUCAGCCCUGAUUUGGAGCAGCGAGCUCAGUUAAAUCUCUUCUUCUGAACUCCCUCUCCCGUCGUCGUGGGCGCGUCUAUAUGCAAAUCCCGACCUGUCCGAGCAGAUCAUUGGCAGAAGGUCGCGCUGGGGGAGAGGCGCCUCCCACCUGUUGGCGCACGGUGUGCAGAAGGAGCCGCGUCUCUCUCCUCAGUCACGGUAACGCGCGGCGCGGACGCACACAGGCGCGUCAUCUCUGCAACGAUCCCCUGACACCAGAGCAGCCAAGCAGGCAGAGGUGGGAGUCCCGAACCGCUCUCGGCUCGACAUGCCACCCCAGAUGGAUUACUUUUACCACGAGUCCCGAGUCCCCUCAGCGUGCGGGUUUACCCGGGAGGACGAGCUGGACCCCGACGUGAUCAGCUGCAUGCUGGUCGGAGACGGACAGGUCGGGAAGACCAGCAUGAUCAUCAGCUACAUCUCCAACGGGUACCCGGCCGAGUACCAGCAGACGGGCUUCGACGUUUUCUCGGGUCAGGUCCAGGUGGAAGGAUCUCCAGUGAAGAUUCAGCUGCUGGACACAGCUGGACAGGAAGAAUUCGACGAGUUCCGCGCUCUGUCCUACGCCCACGCCGACGUCUUCCUCCUGUGCUUCAGCAUGGUCGACCCCGACUCGUUCCACAACAUCACCAAGAAGUGGGUGCCGGACAUCCGGGCCCACAACGCGUCCUCGCCCAUCAUCCUCGUCGGCACACAGCUGGACCGGCUGCUGGACGUGAACGUCCUCAUCGACCUGGACAAGAGCAAGGUCAAGCCGGUGCUGAGCUCCCGGGCCCGGAGCAUGGCGGACAAGAUCAGGGCCUCGGACUACGUGGAGUGCUCGUCCCUGACGCAGAAGAACUUGAAGGAGGCGUUCGACGCGGCCAUUUUCGCCGCCAUCAAGAACAAGACCCGCAAGGGGAAGAAAAGGAGGUUUUCAGACAGGCGCACCAAGGCUUUCUCCAGGUGCAGCUGGAAGAAGUUCUUCUGCUUCAUCUGAACGGCUUUUGAACUCAGUUCUUUGAAGACUUUUUAUUUAUUCAAAUGGUGCGCCUCGGUUUCUUUCUCGCACGAGACCUGUGGCAUCAUUUAUCUGUAAAGUUGGCUUUUUUUUUUUUUAUCUUUGACGCCAAAAGCCCGAGGGGGCGAACAGUACCAGAAACUUAACAGCGAGAGGCUACAGGGACAUUACCAGCUUGGUGUCACACUGUAUACCAGACUGUUGCAUAUUCACAUAUUUGUUCCAAGUCAGCGGAAAAAGAGAAGUUUGCACAUGCUGUUUUUUUUUUUGUUUUUUUUUAUGUGUAUGAGCGAUUCGUGUGGAACGUGAGAGAAAAAGUGCAUCGGGUUGAUGGGCUUGGUGGGAUGCAGCUGCAGAGAGAGAAAGGCCGGGCCAGUAUGUAAAAACACCAAACAAGUGAAUUUGCAUGCUGUGCUUUACCCCUGGCUUCAAACCGAAAGUGUUGGGACUGUGCGUCCUGGCUGAUGGGUGUUGUUUUCUCACUUUUCUUGCAGCAGUGACGUCUUUACAUGCGGCCGCUGUAAUUAGGCGCCGCAGUCUUACUUGCUUGAGAAAGCUUCCCCCGGCUGGUUUGGUCGGGGGAAGCUUUUUCUGUUUUUUUUUUAAGAAACCAGGCGACAGAUAUUUGAACCUGAAUUUUUUUUUAUGAUGCACAAACAAAAGCAUAAAAAAAAAAUCCAUCUAAAGGGAAAAAAAAGUAACGCCGCUGCCUUAAUCUCUCAGCUGGGACAGGAACUGGCUUUCGUCUGAGGUGCAACGUUUCAGAAGAGCAGAAAGCGUUGGCUUUCUUGUCUCUGUAAUCUGCAUCUGUAAAAGCAAAAGCACUGCGGGGGUCUCUUCUUCCCUGCAGAAACCAUCCCUCCUUGUUUAUUUGCCGAAUACGCUCCUGAUCCCUGAAACACUCCCCUCUCAGCCUCGUGCGGCUUUUAAAAUGACCUUUUUGGAAAGUUUUGCACUCCAGUGUUAUAUUAUGUGGUACGUAUGAACGUGUGUAUAUAAGAAUUAGCACAAUUAUGCUUCUUGUGGAAGUGAGCUUCAUGUUUUUGUUUAUUUUAAACGCGUGCGGGGCCACAUUUAUUGGCACCUGAGGUAAUAAGCGGUGUCAAAGGCCUUUUAAUAUGAAUUUGUCUUGUGUUGCAGUUGCAUAAUAUCGGGCAGAAAACAUUGCCACAGCUCUCUGUGAGGUUCUUAAACAUGCGUGGUUGCAGGAUAAACGUGGGUCCAGGUCCAGCAUUGUUUGUCACAGCUCCAGUAGUUUGAAACUUUUAGAUUAUUGCCCGGCCUGUGGCUAUGGGCAGGUUUAGACUUGUAUCUAUUUCUUUUUUUCUGUAGCCAUUUCCUGAUUUAUGAAGGUCAUACAUACAUACAUACAUACAUACAUACAUACAUACAUACAUACAUACAUACAUAAAUUUAUUCAUCUUGUUUGAAUGGUAUGUUCUCUUGUCUUUCCCAUUUUGAAGGAGGGGUAAUCAAAAUCUUCCCCUGACUAUACAUGAUAUUUAUAACCUAGGAAAACAGAAAGUCAUGGAUAACUUAAUUAAAAGUUAAUUGGCACUCUGAUCAGCGUAUAAAAAAGGAGGGUGACAUGAAUCGAGCCACUGGUGAUAUAAAAGCACAUAUUAGCAACAAAAGUUUUCCCCCCUCUAGGUAAAUGUAGUUUAUAAUUAUUUUUAUUUAUUUAUUUAUUGGUUGUUGAACACAAUGAUGAAUGACCUCAGGUUACUUACCCAAUUACGUUGGAUUUUAUCCUUUUUUUUUUCAAUGUGAAAAUAUGCGACUGCAAUAUAAGAAUAAUUCAUUUUCAGGGUCUUUACACAGCUUUACCUAAGGUGGGCUAUAUUUAUGUGGGGCACUGUAUGUUAAAAAUAUCAUAAAAAAAGUGGGUUUUUAAAGCACAAAAAAAAAAAGAUUUGUUACCUUUUUUUACAUCAAUGUCAUCUCUGAAAACAUUUUGUUCCUUUCUUUACAUGGCAGAGUGAGUGAUGUGAUGAAAACAAUAAACAAAGAGCUUUUUGCAGUAAA